AUAUGACAUAACGUAACGGGAAUUUAAGUCCUGGCGGGGCUUCCACACCCCGCCUGGACUUUGACGGGACGGUUGAGGUCCGCCCUACGUUAUCUACCAGACAAUACCGUCGUAGGCUCGCUAUAUAUACCCAGGCUAUAGUUGGCUCAGUUCAUUCCGGAGGAACCUUUCACCCGGCUGUAGUUUGCGCGGUUCAGUCCGGAGGAACCUUUCACUCGGCUAAAGUUGGCUCGGUUCAAUCCGGAGGGUCCCUUCACCCGGCUAGUUUAAUCGGUUCAGUCCGGAGGAACCUUUCACCCGGCUAUAGUUGGCUCGCUUCAGUCCGGAGGAACCUUUCACUCUGCGGGAAUUCGUCGAAAUGUCAGCCAACAAUGCACCGUCCAAUUUCUCCUGGGUGGACCCGGGGAAGUUGGCCGGGUUGGCCUUGCCAAGGAUGACGGCGGAGUACCAGUACCUCCUGGACAACGGCAUUCAUCAUCUUGUGUGCCUCUGUGAGAGGAAGCCCCCCAACCACGACACCUGCCCGCAGUUGCAACUGCACCACAUCAAGAUCACGGACUUCACCCCUCCGACGCCGGCCCAAACCGAUGCGUUCCUCUCCAUCGUGGAGAAGGCCAACUCCAAAGGGGAGGGCGUGGCGGUGCACUGCAUGCACGGCCACGGGCGCACGGGCACCAUGCUGGCCUGCUACCUGGUGAAGACCAGGGGGAUGUCCGGGGCCGACGCCAUCCUCGAGACACGCCGGCUGCGGCCGGGGUCCAUCGAGACGGCGGAGCAGGAGCGGGCCGUGGUGCAGUUCUACCAGCGCACCAAGUGAACCCGGGCAGGAAACUGGGACCGCCAGGGGGGCGGGUGUAGUGCCCCGGACGGUCCUCUAACCGGGGGGGGGGGACCCGGGGUGCUGGGAGGCAGGCAUGGGGAGGCCUCAUGCGCCCCUCCUCUGGAACCCACCUUCAGAACGUCUGGAGUCCACCUCAUCGCGGUUCCGGUUUUAGGGACUGAGUUCAAGGCACUGGCGUGUUUUUAUUCUUUCACCAUAUCAUACUUUUUAAUACAUUUCUCCUUUGAAUAACGGACGAUUGUCCUUUGAACCUCUGUGAGUGAAGGGUGCAGUAUGACUCAACGUGCCUUGGCUUUCCUCGUUGGAGGGGAAGUCGUGUAUGCAGGUGAACAGGUGUAGGACGAAGAGGUCUACGGCUUGAAGGGUCUCAGAGGGAUUGUUUAUGCACUGACGAUAAGAUGGUUUGAUUUUCUUUGCGCGAUCUUUAAAACAAACGUAAGAACGGUACAAGAAUAAAUGGACAUUUCUACCUCUGUUUUCUACUGUAUGUUCAGCAUACAUCGUAUGUCAUGCUAUCGUAAACGGCAGUAGCUUGCUUGUUCAUCUAGCACUUUUCUUUUCAAUCAUUAAGUCUAUAAAACAAUACAAAUGAUGUUUACAAUUAUUAUAGAUGUCUUAAAUUCGAAAAAAAAUACUCGACUAAUAAUAAAACGAGACAAUCAAGAAAACAUUAGCAUUUCAGUAGCUAUAAAACAGCCAAUAAACAUAAUAUAAAAUUUUCUGUUGUGUGCACUAUGUUUUCAUAAUGGGUUGAUGGACCGUUGAAGAACGUUGAUGCCUUUCAGUUGGUGGUGUUGUUGUUUACGAGGCUGACCCCAGAGAGAAGAGACGCUGGCGUUCCUUAAAGGGAAGUUUCUCCGGAGCCGCCAUACUCUGGAGCGAGUCUUCCUGGCUUCUGGAGAAACAAAGAUUGAUACAUAGAAUGUAUACAUCAAAUAUAAAGAUCAAUGCAAAGUCUGCAGCGUUCUAAAAGCCCCAGAGUGUCAUGUUGACUGUUUCUCAGGGAUCAUGAUGAAAUGUUUGGAUUCUGUGUAGAAAUGUAAUUCCUCAAAGUUGUUUUGGUGCUCCAGGACUAUUCUAGAAUGCACUGCAAUAUUAUACCCACACACUCGCACACCUCAACUCACUUUUUUGGGACCACCUCAUGAGAAGCACGGCCGUAUCCAAUCGAUUUUUGAUCUGUCAACGACAUAAAUAAAGAAACGUAAGAUUGAA